GUUCUCCAUGUCACACCCCUGCAGACAAAGCUUCCUGGUGUAGCUUUUUACUUUCACAUAGCACUGUUAGCUUAACAAUAGCAUAAUUUCCCCCACAGCCAUUUCUAGAACACGGACAAGGCCAUGUAUGCCGUUGUUGUCUUGAAAGAUUCAAAUGAAGUGAUGGUGGCAGCAUCAAACUGGUUGACCGCAGACAAGACCCGAUGUUAUUGGCCACCAUUCAAAUCACCAGAUAAAAGUACAGAUGCUCUUAUGAACAGAAUUCAGCCUUUAACAGCAGGAAAACCAUGGGAGAUGCUAAACAUUCAAUUUAUUGGAGAACAUGUCACACUGGAACAGGCUCAGAAGGCAAAAGAUGUAAUUAAACAAACAUACCGUAUCACGGGGAUUGUAAAAAAACCAAGACUUGAAGAUCCUCAAGAAAUGUCCAAAAAUCUGUUUAAUCAACCAUCAGUACCAUCCACACCUACAUCUACAUCUACAAUGCCAGCUGAUGACAAGGAAGAAAUCCUCCAAAUGCUGAGAGAAAUCAAGAGCAAGGUUCAGGAAAACUCUACCAUGUUAAAUAAACUAUUAAAAAAAGAGAAACCGGUUUCUGAUCCAGCACCCAGCAGCACAAGCACGCCCUCUAAAGACACUACAUUAAACUUAAAUCUACCCCUCAAAACAUUUGAAGAUGUGGAGAGAACUGAACAAGAGCUGAAAAAGGCAAAAAUGCGCACAAAAUAUAUAAAAAAUCUGUCAGGGCUUGGAGGGUUUGUUGCAAAGGAUGUGACUAAGAAUAUAAUGCAGCGCAAAAAAGACGUUCAUGUGAUGACUGGAUGUGGAAAUCAGGAAGCAAAUGCAGUACUGAAUGAAACACAGUUUAUUAAGACAGAUGACACAGAUGAUAUGGAUGAAAUGGUAGACAGACAAAGGCUGCGGUGA